UAUUCCUCAUUACAGAGAAGUCGCCGCUGGGUAGUGCUAUGAAUACUUUCCCCUAUAUUUAGGCGAAAACUCAAUCCCAGCAUCGAAUAUUAGAACCAAAAGUCAUUACACUGACAUCCUACUCUAAUACGGAGCGACUUCCUCUUGCAUUCAGCGAGCAAACUCAUCUCACACAUAAUGUCUUCAUCCACCAAUUCCUUAGACCAAAAUAUCUUAUUAACACCGUCUUCAAACCUAAUUGAAAAUGGCCAAAUCCUCAACCCCGACGAACUACCCCGCCCCAUAAUUUUCCUCUCCGGCACCACAAAUUACGACAAAGACGAAACCCGCUGGCAACAAACUCUAGCAAAUGCUCUUUUCACCCCAUCUCCCACCACAUCUACAUCCACCAGCAACAAUACCAGCAAGCCAAACCCUUUCACAAUAAUCGACCCCUACAACCCCGCCUGGGACUCCACAUGGCGCGAAGCUCCCUCAGAUGAAAAGUUCGUCACACAGGUAAAUUUCGAACUUCAAGGUUUGGAAUUGGCGGAUAUUGUGGUGGUGGGGUUUAUAGGGGCGGAUGUUCAAGCUGGGAAUAUAGGAGCGGGAGGCACAACGUUGGUGGAGCUUGGGGUGGCGUUGAAGAAGGGGGUGAGCGAGGGGAUUAAAGUGCUUGUUUGUGUGGAAGGGGGCUUUUGGAAAGAGGGGUAUGUGGGGGUUUUGUGUGAGAGGUUUGAGGUGGAGCGUUUUGGGGAUUUGAUGGGGUUGGUUGCGGGGGUGCGGUGGGAGGUGGAUUGUUGGGAGUUGGUGAGGUCAGAUUAGGUGCGGGUAUUUGUAAUUGGUUGGAGUGGGUGAAUGGGAGAAGUUGGCGUGGAGUAUCGUCAUUUCCGAAGGGUGUGUGGUUUAUGCUACACUACUUUACUAGGAUGAGAAGAUAUUCUUAGAUGACUUCCCAAUCACUAUUACUUACCUAGUAGGUACUUGAUAAGAUCACAUGGUUUUGUAAGUAUGGCGAUGCUCAGGAUAUCACAUAUUCUACGAACAAAAGUA